CCUUGUAAUAUAUCAAAAGAAAUUGUCACCAAUCGAAAUCUUUGGACGGUGGAAAAUAACAAAACAUGAGUAAGACGACAUUUAUAUAUCCUUUUCUCUUUCUUGAAAAAUGAGGCCUCACCUUAGGAUUAAACUGGGAUAUCCACUCGAAUAUUUCUUUAUUCUCGUAUCUUCUUCUUGUUUUCUCCAAUAAACAAAAAUGAAAAAUUAUCCUCUCUGCAACCUUUUUUUACAUUCCCUUAUUAUUAUAAAAUGGCCUAAUCAAAGACGCUGUUGCUUAUCAAAAUGACACCCUCUUACGACCACAACAUGAACUACGAGAAUUAUGAUCCUUCUUUUCCUGACCAACCAGUGGUAGACCUCUACCUUCCAAUUUGGGCCAACCUACCAGCUUUCUCGUCCAAGCCAGUCUUUAUCUGGUCUGAAAAUGGUUCUGCCUGUGCACCCAAUGCCUCCAAUAUCCUUACAUAUGCUCAGCUUAACAAGUCAGUCCAGUCUAUUUCAACUCAGUUACUUUUUUCAUUACAAAGAGCUGACACUGUUCUAAUUUUAUGCCCACCUGGCCUUGAGCUUGUUGAGAUGAUCUUUGCAUGCCAACGAGCUGGUCUUUUAAGUAUACCCAUUUUUCCACCUGACCCUUCUUUCACCAAUAAUAACUAUCACCACCUUAUCAGAGUUCUUUCCCAAACAAAACCCAAAGCUGCCAUUGCUCACCAUGAUUACAUUUCCAGUGUUCAACAAUAUAUUUCCUCAUUAUCCUCUACCAAUAAAAAUAAUAAGCUAGCUAAGUUACUACAACGGCUCAGAUGGAUUUCUACUUCUGAUCUCAGAAAUGAUAAGGCUGCAGGUUCAAGUACAUCGCAGUCUUCUUCAUAUGAUGGUUGUAGACCAAAUGAAGUGUACUUAAUUCAGUACACUUCAGGUGCUACUGGAAUUCCAAAACCAGUAAUGGUGACUACAGGAUCAGCCACGCAUAAUGUAAGGGUAGCAAGAAAAGCUUAUGAUCUCCAUCCAAAUAGUGUUAUUGUCUCUUGGUUGCCGCAGUACCAUGAUUGUGGGCUUCAGUUUUUGUUGCUUACUGUUAUAUGCGGGGCGACAUGUGUUUUAACUUCACCUGCUGCUUUUAUUACAAGGCCUAGGUUAUGGUUGGAGCUGAUUUCAGAAUAUAGAGCUACUUGCACUCCAGUUCCUUCCUUUACAUUGCCCCUUGUUGUCAAACGUGGGGGGAUUGAAAAGGGAACUCAACCUAUUAAUCUCUGGAGUUUGAAAAACUUAAUUAUCAUUAAUGAACCCAUUUUCAAAGCAUCAGUCGAAGAAUUUAUCUAUGUGUUUAACCCUUUUGGGCUAGACCCAUCUUGCAUUUCUCCUUCUUAUGGCUUAGCAGAGAAUUGCACCUUUGUUUCAACAGCUUGGAGUAGAAGCAAUAACAAUUUCGAUAAUUUUCCGACUCAUAACAAGAUUUUACCUUGUGCAAGACUCUCUUCUCUGCAUGAAGAAGAUGAAGAGGACAUGGAAAUUACAGUUGUAGAUGAAGCAACACAUGAAGCAGUUACAGAUGGGACUGAAGGUGAGAUUUGGGUCUCGUCUCCAAGUAACUGUUGUGGUUAUCUAGGCCACCCAUCUUUAACUCGGGAGAUAUUUCAAGCCAGGCUUAAAAACAAGGUGAGCAAGUGCUUUGUCCGAACAGGUGACAGAGGAGUCAUUAGAGGAGAAGAAAGGUUUCUCUAUGUGACUGGUAGAUGUUCAGAUGUUAUCAAACUUUCAAAUGGUCAAGAAAUACAUCCUCAUUAUAUAGAAACAGCUGCUUGUAAUGUGUAUCCAGAGUUUCUAAGACGAGGGUGCGCUGCUGCUUUUCAAGUUUCGAAUACAGUAGCCAUAAUUGCAGAAAUGCAAAGAAGAGAAAAUGAUGAUAGUGGCGUUUUGAGGCAAAUUUGUGAAGGAAUUCAAAAAAUUGUUUUGGAAGAAGAGAGAGUUGAAAUUGGACUUGUUGUUCUUGUAAAGAGUGGAAGUAUUCCAAAAACAACUUCUGGUAAAAUUCAAAGAUGGGCAGCUAAAAAUAAGCUUACUGAAGGCAAAAUGAGUAUAGUCACGGAGUUUUCAUUCGAAAAUAGUAAUGGUAAUAACAAUGGUGAUGACAGCUUGACGUCAUCGUCUAGAUUAUUGAUCCAAGGAAGCAAGAGUACAGUGGAAAGAGGAAAAAGAGUGAUGGCUCGAGGGAAAGGAACCUCUGCCUUGAAUUCAAGCACAGCAACUCCUCCUUCCCUUCUUUCACUUUUGUGAAUUUAAUAUUGCUAGAGAAGAGUUUCCCUUCUUUUCUAGUUUUAUGAUUGUUAGUUGUUUUCCGUCGUAUCAAACUCUCAUGGUAUUAUAUGAUCAAUUAAUUUGA